ACAAAAUUGGGUGAGCUUUGAACACAAGUCGGAGUGGUCUAGCUAUCUCCCUAGUUUUCUGAGGCUCUAGUGGAACCGAACAGAGACAAGAACAACCGCCCAGGAAUAUUCCAUUUCCUUUAUCCUCGGUGCUUCUGUCCCCUUUCUCGGAUCUCAGAUUCAUUCAUUCACACAUUCCACCUCAAUGGCCGCUCCCGCCUCCAACGCUGUGCUCCUCGGAGACGUUCACUUCGACGACGUCGCCGCAAAGCCUUGCGGCGUUCACUUCCGCGGCGAAACGCGGCGAGGCGCGCUCCGAGCCACCGUGAAUCUCCGAAAGCCGAAAACGUUGAGCGGUAUUCUGAAUUUCGGGUGUUCCACAUCGGAUGCAAGUUGGAGGAGCUGGAAUCCGAGUUCGCUCCACAGGAACUCGUCCUUCGCUUGCUGCUCCGCCGAGACAACGCCGCAUGUUCAGCACCUCGCAACCUCCACCUUCUCGAUUGACCAGACUAAUUUUGGUGGCGAGAGGUUGAAGCUGUUUUCGGGGUCAUGUUACCUACCACAUCCGGAUAAGGAGGACACAGGUGGAGAGGAUGCACAUUUUAUUUGCACAGAUGAACAAGCAAUUGGUGUUGCAGAUGGUGUAGGUGGCUGGGCAGAUGUUGGUGUUAAUGCUGGACUCUUUGCUCGAGAACUCAUGUCUCAUUCUGUUAGAGCAAUUGAAGAGGAACCCAAAAAUUCUAUUAAUCCGGCUAGGGUUUUAGAGAAGGCUCACUCAUGUACAAAGGCCAAGGGUUCAUCAACAGCUUGUAUCAUUACCCUUACUGACACGGGACUACAUGCCAUUAAUUUGGGUGACAGUGGGUUCAUCGUGGUUAGAGAUGGAUGCACCAUUUUCAGGUCCCCUGUUCAACAGCAUGGCUUCAAUUUUACAUAUCAACUGGAGAGUGGCAAUGGAGGUGAUCUACCCAGCUCUGGUGAGGUCUUUACAAUACCUGUUGCCCCAGGAGAUGUUGUCGUUGCUGGAACAGAUGGAUUGUUUGACAAUCUGUACAAUGAUGAGGUCACUGAAGUUGUUUUACAUUCAGUUAGAGCUGGACUAGAACCCCAAGUAACUGCUCAGAAGAUAGCAGUACUGGCUCGUCAACGAGCACUGGACAGGAAUAGGCCGACACCAUUUUCUACGGCUGCUCAAGAGGCUGGGUUCCGUUAUUAUGGUGGCAAACUUGAUGACAUAACAGUUGUUGUGUCAUACAUAACCGGCUCAACAUGUGUGAGUUUUUCGCCAUCUUAGCUUUGCUACAUUUUGUAUAUUCAUAUUUGUCUACAGGGACUGGGUUGCCAGCCUUGUCUGUCAUUUUUGACCUGAAUGCACUACUGCUUCAAAAUUUUAUCUCAAACUUGAGGUGCUUACUUGCUAUAGUGAUAUAUUUGUAUACAAAAUCCUGGGCCACGAAGAUGCCUUCAUCUUCUUCUCACUUUGCAUUUUAUACACCACCAAUUAUUUUGGUUA